AGCAACGUGAUUGGCAACAGCAACAGCUCCCUUUGCAACAAAGCGUUUUUGUUUUUUUUUGUUGAGCAAAUAAUAAAUGAGAACUAGUUUAAAAAUAGUUGCAUUAGUCAUCAGCAGUGCCAUUUGUUGACCUAUUUUUGAAAAAUCUGUAUUUUCGCUACCAAAAAGAGCUAGUCCAAGGAUACAAAUCAAAACUGAGUCACGGCCACAAACAAAACAAUAAAAACAACAACUACAAGAAAACAAAGGGCAGACAACAAAGGAGUGUGAAAGAAAUCGAAGAUGAGUAAGCUUCCUGGAGCCAACUUGGAUUUUGUGCGCGAAGAUGACUUUGUGGAGUAUUAUAUAUUUCCCAAGCUGGCGCAGCAAAAAGAUUCAAGCGAGGAGGAAUUGCGUCAGCAGCUGGAACAGGUCAGGAAGGAUUGCAUGGAAAUAGUGGAGGAGAAAGUAAAGGAGCGCUCUUACAUUUGGCACAAGGACCAGUUUCAACUGCAACUGCGGACGGGGAGCGCCGAGGAGCGUCUGCUCAACGAAGAGGACAACCACGAAGAUGAGGGAGAGGAGGAACAGGAAGCUGCACUACCACCUCAUUUGCAUGGUGUGACCCACUAUGGCGAUAAUAUUGGCGACGAAUGGUUUAUUGUUUACCUGCUGAGUGAAUUAACCGCCGCUCGAGCGGAUUGGAUAGCGCGUGUCUGCGAUGCUGAUGGUGAAUUCCUACUCAUUGAGGCCGCCGAUGUGCUGCCCGACUGGGCAAGUCCCGAAACCUGCGAGCAGCGCGUCUACAUUAUGAAUGGUCAACUGCAGCUCAUUCAGAACUCGACGAACAGUAGUCAACAGAAGCGUCUGUCCAUGGCAACUGCUGUGCAUCGCAUUCAUCUUAAUCCUACGCUCUAUCGCUGCUCCCAGGACAUACAGAACUGCAUCGAUGCGCGCUGUCGUGAGUUUCAUGCGGCGAAACAACAUGCAGCUAUUCAUCGACAGAUUGUCCAGCUGCCACAGAAUGCGGCACAGUUGCUGAAGCAGCGUCCUGCGCUUGUGGCCUCCGCUGUGCGCGCCUUUUGCGAACGCGAUUCGUUGGACACGAAGGCGUUGCGCAGCAUGCGUUAUUUCCCACCAGAGUCACCACGGAUACGCACAAAUGUCGCCUUCACCCGUUGUCUCUACGCCAUGUUGAUGCAUAGUCAAUAUACCCCAGAACGUCGACUUGGCUGGAAGCUAACUGACGCUGUGGCACAGCCAGAGAUCUACAAGGAGCAACUGCUGGGCGUAAAGUUGGCCAGCGGCCUCGAAAUCUUGGCCAGCCAGGCGAAACAGUCCAGCGAACAGUUGGAGGAGCAGUCUCCUGCUUGGCGUGCGUAUUUACGCAGCUUGCAGAAGAAGGGUUACUUUCGUGACAAUCUUGAGGGCAGUGCGGAGUAUGUGCGUCUCUUGAACACUGCCAAGCAGUACUUCAAGGGCAACCAGCAACGUUUUCGCACUGCUCCGUUGGUGGGUGCUGAAAUUGUCGAGCUGCUGCACACAGGCGAAGGAAAUGCCGCUGAGCAGCUUCGCGAUGAGGAGAACAAUUUGUUGCCCAGCGAUGCGGAUGAUUGGCUGAACAUUAGUGCCGAGGAACUGGAUGUCAUGCUGCAGCAGCGUUAUGGUCCACAGAAACUCUACAAUCCCAAUGGCGAUGUGAAUGCAGCUGAAUUUACGAAGCAACUGUCGCAGUUUUUGGAUAGACAGUCAAACUUUGAGGGCAUCGAGACAAAAGAAGAAGCCGCCGCUGCGGAACUGGACUCGGAUGACGAUGAGCCGGCGGAGCCAGCAAGUGCAGCAAGCACCAGCUGCAGCAGCAGUAACAGCAGGGUGAAGAAGAAUCCUUCGAUGCGCAAGGCAUGUCAGCAACGCAACUCGCUCAUUCAGUCCGAGGAACAGGAUAGCACUCAUGUGCGCAACUUUCUGGACUUUGUGAUACCCGAGGACAACUGGGACUCGAAUUCCGAGAUGAGCGAUUAUGCGGAUGAGGAUGAUAUUGAACGCAACUUUGAUGCUCUUUCUAGUGCCAGCGGCAUGGGCCCGGAUAGCUAUCGUUUAGAUCGUAAUAUCAAGGCCUACAUGGAGCAAAUGGAUCGCGAAUUAUCGCAGACUACAAUAGGCAAAUCGUUCCAGGCCAGCGGUAAUGCCAAUGCCAACGUGAACAGCUCGCAGCGCAGCGCUAAUGAAGAUGAUUUCGAUGACAUCGAGGACUUUGAGCCUAUCAACAUCAAUGUGAACACGCUCCGCAAUAUGAUGGACAGCUACAAGUCGCAAAUGGGCAGCGCUGGUCCGGUGUCCAAUCUAUUUACCGCCAUGGGGGUGGGGAUGUCGGCAGCUGCAGCCAGCGAGAAAAAGGACGAGGAACUAUCCGAGUCCGCUGUCUAGGACAGUACAGGAAUACAUCAUCAGCUAGUAAUUAAGAUUUCAGUCUCAUUAUAUCUCUUUAACAUUCAAGUCCACAGUAUAUCGUACACCUAUAUAUAUAUAUAUUAAAUACUUUGUC